AUGAUGAGGAGACGAUUGGAAAAUCAGCGGCAUGAGGAUCAGUAUUCGAGGGCUUUCCACGAGCUUUCGGGACUGGUUAUGAGCCUUCUACGAUCGCCGCUAGCUCCGGUUCCUUCCGCCAGCCAAUCACCAGCGUUGUCCACAAGGCCUCAUUCCCCACCAGUACCGACAAUGAAGAAGAUAUCACCGUCCGGAUUCGCUUUGCUGAUGUUAGGGACAUCGGUUUCGUUGAUGCUGUGUGGAUCAGUUACUUUCUUUAUAGGAUUCAUGUUUAUGCCUUGGCUUCUUUGUUUGGUCAUGGUUCUUUACAUUGCUGGAAUUGUUUCUGCGGUUUCCAUGUUAUGUCGUUCUACUAUUUGUUAUGCCAUGGCCCCUCUGCUGCGGCGGAAGGAAAUUCCUGAGCAGGAAUUAAAUCCCCAGAAUUUGCAGAAUAGAGCUUCAUAA